AUGGCACCACCAUCAGCUCUUUUGUUCAAAGUUCGUCGGCGUCAGCCGGAGAUGGUGGCUCCUGCAAAGGCGACACCGCGUGAGGUGAAGAAUUUGUCAGACAUCGACGACCAAGGGAGCCUUCGGUUCCAAAUUCCGGUGAUCCAGUUCUAUCGGAACAAUCCUUCGAUGAGAGGACGAGAUCCAGUUGAGGUGAUCAGAAAAGCUUUGGCCGAGACUCUGGUGUUCUACUAUCCCUUCGCCGGCAGGCUCCAGGAAGGGCCUAACCGAAAGCUCAUGGUGGACUGUAACGGCGACGGCGUCGUUUUCAUCGAAGCUGAUGCUGACGUCACCCUGGAGGAAUUUGGAGAUCUUCAGCCUCCAUUUCCAUGCUUUGAAGAGCUUCUUUACGAUGUGCCUGGAACUUCAGAUAUUCUUGACACCCCACUUCUCCUUAUUCAGGUAACGCGCUUGAAAUGCGGUGGUUUUAUUUUCGCUCUACGCUUGAACCACACUAUGAGUGACGCUGCUGGCCUAGCACAAUUUAUGAGCGCGUUAGGAGAAAUUGCUCGCGGUGCGCAUCGGCCUCUGACUCCGCCGGUCUGGCAUCGUGAGCUUUUAACGGCAAGAGACCCACCACAUGUAACAUGCAUGCAUGGUGAGUACGAAGAUGUCUCUGGUACUGAAGAAACCGUAAUCAUCCCAUUCGAUACAAUGGUUCAUCGUUCUUUCUUCUUUGGACCCAAUGAAGUUGCUUCAAUUCGCAAUCAAAUCCCUUAUCAUCUUCUUCAAUCUUCUAAUUUUGAAAUCAUCACUGCGUUCUUAUGGCGGUGUCGUACUGUAGCUCUGCAACCUAACGAUGAUGAUAAAGUCCGUAUUAUCUGUGCUGUGAAUGCUCGUGCCAAAUUCAACCCUCCGUUGCCGGACGGUUAUUACGGCAAUGCCUUCGCCUUUCCGAUGGCAGUAACCACCGCCGGGAAACUCCGGAGGAGCCCAUUGGGAUAUGCUUUAGAGUUGGUGAAGAAAGUGAAAGGUGAUAUGACUGAGGAAUACAUGCACUCUUUGGCAGAUUUCAUGGCGAUAAAUGGACGGCCUCCUUUCAAGGAGGUGGGAUCGUACUUGGUGUCGGACGCGACACGAGCCGGAUUCCGCGAUGUUGAUUUCGGGUGGGGAAAGGCUGUGUAUGGUGGUCCGGCGAGAGCAGUCAAGGUGGCGAGCUUUUACAUGCCUUUUAAGAAUGCUCAAGGACAAGAAGGUUUAGUGAUACCUUUAUGUUUACCUGGUGAAGCCAUGGAGAGAUUUGUGAAGGAGUUAGAUAGAAUGCUCAAAACAAGAUUGAUCACUUCUUCCUUAUAAGUGGAUUCUUUUGGUAAUAGUAUAUAUGUAUAUGUCUGAACUCUGAAUGUAAGGCCAAGUUUACUUUUUAGGGUUGAGGCACGUGAAACAAUAAAAAAAAAAAAAAUCAAACAUGCCAUGAGGAAUGAGCACUGUCUCUUUAAUUUAUAUUGUGUUGCAGUUUCUUCGACUUCAAUAGUCCAUUUUGGAUGGGGUGCUUAAUUAAUGUUUUUUUUUGUGGGGGCCAAAAUGCUUAA